GCCACGUUCCCCCGAGUAAUAUGGCCGCGGUGUGAUCAUCGCUCCCGCGUCGUCCCCCACCGAUCGCAGCCCCACACAUCACACAGGACACACACACACAGGGCACAGACGCACACACAGGGCACAGACACACACACAGGACACACAGACAACACGUGCGGGCCGCCCUUGACUCGUAGCGGCGGCGGUCGUGUCGCUCCGUGCGAGUUGUUAAGCCAACAGCACCAACAGCGGAGCUUCCCAUCACAGCCACACCACCAUCAUCGUCCCCACCACCACCACCAUCGUCGUCGUCGCGUGUGGUUGUGGUUCUGCGUUGUCGCGUCGCCGAGAGGCGUCGGGGAGAAGUUUGCGAUGACGGGCCGCGGCACGGCGAGCCGCUUCCUGCAGGCGGUGCUGCACAAUGGCGUGGGCCGAUUCGUGUGUCAGCUGCAGCGGCUGACCCUCGUGCUCAGCAAGGAGUCGCACUCCAGCAGGGACAUGCGGGAUUUUGUGGAAAACCAUUUGGUUGACUUUGCAAGGCAGAACAAGGCGACUGUCAUCUACGUUGUACCAAGAAAAGAUUCAAAACCAAGGCUUAUUGCAGAGUACUUGAAUGGCACUGUUCGAGAUGUUUCGGUGGAACGCAAGACAUCAGAGGAGAUCCUAUCGCAAGUGAAGCUCUUGAGCACUCAGUCAGGGCUGGACAUUGUGCGGAUCCGCAAACCGUUCCACACCGACUACCCCAGCAUUCAAGGCAUGUGGCAGCCCUUCACCAACAAGCGACCGACCAUUAAUAUCGAGAUGCAGAAGAAGAUAGCUGCUUGCGUUGAGACGAGCAAAGGAGACACCAGCAUAUCCUGAUCCUAUACAUAAUAUAUUAAACUUGAUUGAACACAUCUACGAAAUGAAUAUUGUUUUUUAUGUUACACGAUGGGUUUUCUCAAUAAACACAUUUGGUUAAACGACAUGAAAACAAUAGGUAUUGAAUAUUUGAAAAUGUAACGAAACUUUAUUCUCGUGGUGUUAAUAAAAGUCACGUUGGUAAGAAAAACAUUUCCUACUUGAUUCAAGGGCUCUUGCAACUCAUCUGCUGUGCCGUUGUUGACACGCAUUUCCUUCCACCCGAUCUUGCAUUGCGUAGCAUUGUUUUCUGAGAAAUACUUUUGUUUGUAUCAACAUGGAAUGGCCCUGUAUCUAAAACAAAUAAGCAUUGUCACUUUGAUCUAUUUGCAAUGCUUUUGAAUUGCCAAGUUCCCCAUGCUCACAGAGGCCGUUGCAGCAAGUGGCAAGAAGGCUUUAGACACGUAGCACUGGUAUUUGUCAUCAGCAUGCACAUAUUUAAGAGCGCCGUAACAAAUUCUACAUUCAUAAGUCACAUGGCAAUAAUAGGUACUAUUUUUGUGGUAAAAUGAAUAUGCAAUCCAUCAACCUUCAUUUUCAAUGAGGGUAUUGUAAGGUUAUCGUCCCGCCUUGCACCCGAAAUGUAAAGCAACACCCAGCAGAGGGCAGCAAUGCAUAUGAUGUAUGCAUUGACAAUUUUAAUUUGCCACGAGGCUAGAAAUAUGCGCAAAGAAGCUUAAGUAUGCAAUACUGUACGUUUCAAAAACAACCUGAGAUUUUGGGAUCAUUAGUGGAUAUAAAUCUAUUGUUUAUAAGAUGGUAUUUCAAUGCAUGUAUUCAUUGUCUUAAGACUUUCGAUCCAUGCACCUCAUGGCAUGCGUGGGAAUACGGGUAUGUUUUAUUUUUUACUAAAUGUAUACAGAUAAUACACUUACAUUUAGGCAUUCGGAACAAACAAGUCUGUAUGAGCGUAAGAAUUAGACCAAAAAUAAUGAAUUCUUGUUUCACAGGUCUGAAUCAUGGCAAUUGAAUCAUCAAAUUGCCAGAGGCGAUUUGAGACUGACCUUUGGGUACAAAGGUCAAAUUUCCUUUUGGAAAUACAUUUACCAUAUUUAGUGCAACUUAAUAUAUUUUUUUUAACAGAUGUUCCGUAACCACAGAAAUUGUGAAAUUAUCUGAUCGUUUCCAUACAUAUUUAAGUCAAUGGAAAAUCUUACUGAGGUAAUUUACCAACCAUUUAUGUGCAACUUUAGUCACCUGCAAACUUUUCUGUACAAAGCACCCCAGCAACAGGGCUGCUUCGUUUUCACUUAACUAAAUAAACCCACCAAAGCCAUACAAUGUGACAAUUUGCAAUGUCCUGGACAGGUCUCACGGUGGCUCACAAAGGGAACAAUACUGGGCAUGCUGAGAAUUAAUGGCCCGUUUCUGAUAAUGCCGCCUGCACUGUGUUUUGAAAUGUUUCUUUUAAACAGAAAGGGAAAGGUGACGCAAAUGUAACCAUCUCGUAUUUGCCGACCACGCUCAGCUGGGUCUGCACUGAAAGAUAACGCGCUCGUCUCCCAUUCAAUUUCCAUGCCACUCGCCAGGUGUGUGCCACCCAAUCUGGCUGGUCAGCAGUUCCUCGUGAGUUUAGUCGGGCGGUGGUCGACUGCUGCAAAGUAAAGGAAGUUCAUAAAAUUUUAGACACUCGCUGAUGAUUUGAUUCAUUCUUCCGAUCUGCUGCUCCGCAAGGCGCCUUUUACCUGUAAGCCCGCUUGCUUAAGCAGGACACAAGUCAAUAACAUAUAUGGGAUUAGAUUAGUGUGGGGCGUAUUAUUUAAGGAAGUUAAAUAAAUAUUACCUUCAUUUUUAAAGUAUACCAUUGAGGUACCUUUCCCUAUUAACAUUGGUAAGGGGUUUUAGCCAAAGGUUUACAAAUUAAACCAGGCAUUGGCUAUUCAUGCAUCACAAUGGAUUACACUUGCAUGUGCUUGUACGAUAUUUAAGCUUUGAGGUCGGGGAAAAAAAGAGUGAGAGAUAAGCAAAGGACUACAGAGAAAAUGGUUAAAUCAUCCAUAAUGCAUUAUUCCACGAACAGCCUGAAAGCAUUAAGAGAGCUGUCACAGUACAUCACGUUAGUCCAUGCCUAUUUGUGAUUUAGCUUUUCAUGAAGUGCUUAAAAUAAUAAAAUGUUAGUCUUAGUACUCCACAGAAAGCAUCACAUUUCAGUCGUACAGAACCAUGUUUAUCCUAUACAUUUAAAUCACAAUUCAAUGCCCAAUAUUUGCAGAACGUGUUUUUGUGUAAGUACAGUUUUACCAGUAUUUUUUAAUGUUCCCUUUUAAUGGGUGAGUGAUUACGGAUGGACUGUAUUUACUAGUGUUUGUUGAGCAUAUUUUAGCAUUUUCAUCACAGAUCAUAAUAAAUUACUGCUAAGA